AUGCUACUGAAACCCACAAGCAUAACACCAACUACAAAAUACUGCAGCACGGCAGCAGCACUGACAAAAUUGGGGUUGCAUCUGAAGAAGGGUGGGCGGGAGAAGCGACUCAGCAGCAGCCGGUAUAGUGAUGGCAUGCGAGGUGAGGAUGGAGGGGAUGGGCAGAUGUGGAAACCAAAACAAAAUAUAUUUUGGAAUGGGAGAAGUUGCGUGAGAAAGGAAACGGGUCGUUAA